CUGCUUUCUCAUAUUUGGUUUUCAAGCCUGCAUUCACUAUAUCUGGUCUCCCCGGACCCUGCAUUCACUAUAUCUGGUCUCCCCGGACCCUGCAUUCACUAUAUCUGGUCUCCCCGGACCCUGCAUUCACUAUAUCUGGUCUCCCCGGACCCUGCAUUCACUAUAUCUGGUCUCCCAGGUCCCUGCAUUCACUAUAUCUGGUCUCCCCGGACCCUGUAUUCACUAUAUCUGGUCUCCCCAGACCCUGCAUUCACUAUAUCUGGUCUCCCCGGACCCUGCAUUCACUAUAUCUGGUCUCCCCGGACCCUGCACUCACUAUAUCUGGUCUUCCCAGACCCUGCAUUCACUAUAUCUGGUCUCCCCGGACCCUGUAUUCACUAUAUCUGGUCUCCCCAGACCCUGCAUUCACUAUAUCUGGUCUCCCCGGACCCUGCAUUCACUAUAUCUGGUCUC